AUGCUUAACACCUAUUUCGCGAAUGAGAGCGCACUAUUGCAGAUCAGAAUUCCUCCAGGCACUAUUCUAAGCCCGGAUGAGAACGCUGCUGUCGUUGGAGGUAAUGUGCUAACUUCACAACGUUUAUGCGAUGUGAUAUUUCUGGCGUUCAAUGCCGUCGCUGCCUCUCAAGGAUGUAUGAAUAAUAUUACGUUUGGUGACGGUCAAAUAGGUUACUAUGAAACUGUUGCUGGAGGUGCUGGAGCCGGAAGCGGCUUCGAUGGUCGUUCGGCGAUACAUACGCAUAUGACAAACACUAGGAUUACGGAUCCAGAAAUCUUGGAAACCAGAUAUCCGGUAAUAUUGCGCGAAUUCUCGAUACGCAAUGGUUCGGGUGGCUCGGGUCAAUUCCGAGGAGGAGAUGGAUGUAUUAGACGCAUACAGUUCAGGCGACCACUUCAACUAUCCGUUCUCACAGAACGAAGAGCCUUUGCUCCGUAUGGAAUUGCUGGUGGAAAACCGGGCAAAAGAGGUCUUAAUCUUCUACACAAGCGAUCUGGCAGAACGGUGAAUCUGGGUGGAAAAAACUCUGUGAAUGUUGAAGCAGGGGUAGGCUUUCCGCGAAUACGAUUCCUUAACAUCGAUUCAUUAGAUAUAUUCGAACUUCAAACACCCGGUGGCGGAGGGUAUGGACAGAUGAAUUAG